AUGCCGGGUGCUGGGUCAUACCCUGCCCUCGCCACACGAGCGAGGCAGUACCGGCGAGGAGACAGUCCCGGCGAGGAAACAGUCCCGGCGAAGAGACAGUCCCGGAGAGGAGACAGUCCCGGCGAGGAGACAGUCCCUGAGAAGAGACAGUCCCGGCGAGGAGACAGUUCCGGCGAGGAGACAGUCGAGGCGAGGAGACAGUCCCUGCGAGGAGACAGUCCCGGCGAGGAGACAGUCCCGGCGAGGAGACAGUCCCGGAGAGGAGACAGUCCCGGCGAGGAGACAGUCCCGGCGAGGAGACAGUUCCAGCGAGGAGACAGUCGAGGCGAGGAGACAGUCGAGGCGAGGAGACAGUCCCUGCGAGGAGACAGUCCCGGCGAGGAGACAGUCCCUGCGAAGAUACAGUCCCGGCGAGGAGACAGUCCCGGCGAGGAGACAGUCCCUGCGAGGAGACAGUCCCGGCGAGGAGACAGUCCCUGCGAGGAGACAGUGCCGGAGAUGAGACAGUACCAGCGAGGAGACAGUCCCGGUAAGGAGACAGUCCAGGCGAGGAUACAGUCCCGGCGAGGAGACAGUACCAGCGAGGAGACAGUCCCGGCGAGGAGACAGUCCCGGCGAGGAGACAGUCCCGGCGAGGAGACAGUCCCUGCGAGGAGACAGUCCCGGCGAGGAGACAGUCCCUGCGAGGAGACAGUCCCGGCGAGGAGACAGUACCAGCGAGGAGACAGUCCCGGCGAGGAGUCAGUUCCUGCGAGGAGACAGUCCCGGCGAGGAGACAGUUCCUGCGAGGAGACAGUCCCGGCGAGGAGACAGUCCAGGCGAGGAGACAGUCCCUGCGAGGAGACAGUUCCUGCGAGGAGACAGUCCCGGCGAGGAGACAGUCCCGGCGAGGAGACAGUCCCGGUUAGGAGACAGUCCCUGCGAGGAGACAGUCCCGGCGAGGAGACAGUCCCUGCGAGGAGACAGUCCCGGCGAGGAGACAGUCCCGGCGAGGAGACAGUCCAGGCGAGGAGACAGUCCCGGCGAGGAGACAGUUCCUGCGAGGAGACAGUCCCGGCGAGGAGACAGUCCAGGCGAGGAGACAGUCCCUGCGAGGAGACAGUUCCUGCGAGGAUACAGUCCCGGCGAGGAGACAGUCCCUGCGAGGAAACAGUCCCGGCGAGGAGACAGUCCCGGCGAGGAGACAGUCCCGGCGAUGAGACAGUUCCGGCGAGGAGACAGUCCCGGCGAUGA